AUGGUGACUAGGGCAAGUUAUCGACAAUACUUGAAUCCUUCCAGAACAAAAUAUAUUCUAGCAAGAUAUUUCUUAUCGGCGAUGGGAUUCGGAAUGUUACGCAAUUUGCUCUCUCAUCCUAAACUAGAACUUGAAGGGAAACACCUUUAUAUAGUACAAUACGUGACAUAUGUGUUUUUUCUACCUAUGGCUUGUGGCGGUAUCAUCUCGGACUUCUUUCCUAAGAGAUAUCUUCACGUCAUAUUCUAUAGACUUCUAAUCAGUACUCCAGUCGAUUUACUAAUAGCUUUUUCUGCAAUAAUAACAGAUGUAAAAGUAGCAAUUGUUAUUAAAACUGCAGCAGAUAUUAUAGAGCCUUUGAUGUAUGUUGAUGUGGCAUUUGUGUGGGCACUUGCGAUGGAUCAACUCAGUGAUCCAAAUGGCGAAGAAGAUGUAUUGCAAUUUGUACAAUGGAUAUUGAUCUUACGUCCAAUUGCAAUUGCGUUUGGUUACGUAAUGGUCGACUUAAUUUAUAUGCGAAUGUCCUGCGAGGGAAAUAAUACUUGUAAAAUACUUGCAAUUUCGCUUUUUACAAUAACGAAUGUUGCACAAGCUUUCGCAAUCUAUUUGGGCAUCAAACACUUCAUCGAGUAUCAUCCAAAUGUAUCAUAUAUUAAACAAUCAGUUCCAUGUAUAUACAAUGCUUUUGUCAAUUGGAUCAAGAAAAGGCGAUCAGAACCGAAACCGAGUUGGUUGGAUUAUGCAGAUGAACGAUAUGAUAGACUAUUAGUUGAAUACUUGAAAAGAUUUCUUUUAGCUACAUUAACAUGGACUCUAGUUCUAAUCUUGGAAAGGAUAUGUUCAACCGAUGAUAAUAAAAGAAAUGAUCUCUUAAAAAAAAUGAAGUUUUCAAGUUCACUUUAUGGCCAUAAUUCUAAUAUUUUUUAUGAUAUUGCCUUGAAACCACUAUUGACUUUGUUCAUCCAUGCUCCAAUGAUUUGGCUGGUGGAGCGACCUCUUAAGAAAACAAGGUUUUGGUAUCCUUACGAACGCAUCAUGACUGGUGUGUAUAUUAUAAUCAUUUCUACCGGCAUUACAUUUUUCAUCGCAAUUAUGAAUCGUUCUGAUGCUCUUCUCAAGUUCAAGUCUGGACAAGCGAAUAUCAAAAUAUUUAACAACAUGGACUGUCCGUCUCUAUUGAAAUUUUCACGAAGUAGUUUAACUCUUCCCGGUAUUGGGAUAGAUGGUUAUAUGCAAACAAUUGAAGUAACUAUCAAAGGCCAAUGCUUCAAAGAGAGUACCUUUAGAUCAUCAUUGAUUGAGCAAGAACUUAUGGUCAUUGUGUUCAAGAUGCGCGGUGAUAUUAUUAUAUUCGAUGCAUUCUCUAAGAUACAUAUAUAUUCAGAAUCUAAUUCUCCCAUUUUGAAUAUUAUUGGGGCUGAUAUUACUGAUCGCAUUUCUGUUCAAGAUUGGCUCGGACUAAAACAUGCUGUACCUCCUACUUUUGGUAUUAUUGCUGGAACUCAAAUUCCAAAUACCAAACAAAGAGUCAUAUCUAUGGAUGCACAAUUGGUCAAGUUGUGGAAGAAUGAUGAGCGAAUUUUGACCCUGGAUUUGAAAAUUGGUGGGGAAUAUACGAUCAUGGUCACUGAAGGUAGAAAAGCUCUUGCCGUUAUUGAUGUAGAGCCUAAUACCAUCAAUGCAUUUUGGUAUUUUCUGACAUGUGCUUUAGAAAUAUUUGGAUUAUAUUUUUUGAGAACUGGCGUAUUUAUGUACUUAUAUAUUUCGCCGCCCAAAAUUUUAAGAGCUACUACGUAUUCAGUAUCUUAUGAACUGUACUACUUGUUCGAAUCUGUAGUACUAAGGACACAUAGAUUGAUACCACCAGAAUAUCCAUUCCUAGUAACAAUAAUUGUAUCAUUGUAG